AUUACAUAGCUACGAGGGACCUAUCUUAGCGCCUUGGCUGUGUGACGACACAGCGUUGUCUCGAAGCUCUCCCAAUUCCUCCCUCAUCCGCUUGAUAACCGGGACGAGCUACACUCUGGUCAACGAGUGAUUCAACUGUCAACAUGUCGGGCGCCGCAGACCGCGAAGCCGUCUUCCCCACCCGGCAGUCGCUGGGCCUCAUGAAGGCGAAGCUCAAGGGAGCUGAGACCGGGCACAACUUGCUAAAGAGGAAGAGCGAGGCGUUGACCAAACGAUUCAGAGAGAUUACCAGGCGAAUCGACGAAGCCAAGCGCAAGAUGGGUCGUGUGAUGCAGAUUGCUGCUUUCUCACUCGCCGAAGUUACCUAUGCUGUGGGCGGCGACAUUGGAUACCAAGUCCAGGAGUCCGCCAAAUCCGCUCGAUUCCGAAUCCGCACCAAGCAGGACAAUGUUUCGGGUGUUCUUCUCCCGGCGUUUGAGAGCUACCUCACCGAAGGCAACAACGAUUUUGGGCUGACGGGUCUGGGCAAGGGAGGCCAGCAAGUUCAGCGAUGCAGGGAGACUUACGCGCGGGCUGUGGAAGCUCUGGUUGAGCUGGCAAGUUUGCAGACUGCUUUUGUGAUUCUCGAUGAGGUUAUCAAAGUUGUGAACCGACGAGUCAAUGCUAUCGAGCACGUCAUCAUCCCACGAACAGAAAACACGAUCAAGUAUAUCAACUCAGAGCUUGACGAGCUGGAUCGUGAGGAGUUUUACCGACUGAAGAAGGUUGCAAACAAAAAACAGCGCGAUACUGCAGCCGCAGAUGCGGAGAUGAAGGCCAAGCGAGAAGCGCGGGCGGCUCAAGGCGUGAAGCCUCAGAGUGAAGAUUCUGGGCCAUCAGACAUUCUCGCUGCUGAGGACGAGGAGGAUGUUAUCUUUUGAGGAUGCCCCAGAUCAGAACCUAGGAGUAGAAGGACAAAGCGACUGAAUGGACGCAGAUGGGUAGAACAUGAAUCCACCCAGCACUUCAUGUCCCACGCCAACAGGUGUGGGAGGGACAGGGUCAAUAGGAGGAAAGGAGUAAGCAUGAUUA